AUGGCACCACGAAAGCGGUCAACAUCGAGAACAAGUUCAAGUUCGGCAUCGAGUCGUGCAUCUCGAAGGUCGCGAUCACGAAGUCGCAGUCGUUCCAAAAGUCGUAGUCGCAGCAGAACAUAUUCACCAGAUCGCGGAAUGGAAGAAGGACGGCUUCACGUCGCUAAUAUCGAUGAAAGUAUUCGACCCAGAGAUCUUGAAGAGGCAUUUGGGCGUUACGGAAAACUGAACGAGGUUUGGGUGGCAAGUUAUCCGCCGCUUUUCGCUUUCGUCGUUUUUAAAUCAAAAACGGAUGCAAAUGAAGCUUUAAACGCACUGAACAAUACGUAA